AUGGUUUUGGAAGAGGAAAAGGAACUCGACUUAAUUGAACUUUGCUCGAAGAAUCCAGAAUUGGCAAAUAGUAUUGCACUGGAGGUUUCUGCCCAUCACUACAUAUACAAGAGGACUCUUAAAGGGAUUCCAUAUGCAUUGUUCACAGAUAAAGCAUGCUACAGCAAGAACAUCAAUCGGAUCAUCACUGUGAGUGGAACACUUAUCCGAGCCUAUGAAACUUUGAUAAGAAAUGUCACGAGUGAGUUGGUGUGUCUGAAGUGCAAUUCUAAGGCAUACCAAUGCUCUUCGGGAAAAAGAAAGGGUAAAAUGCUGUGUGAAUCCUGUGGAUCGUCUCUUCUGAAGGAUCGAAGGUGCUUUGGGGAGGCCAUUCCGAGUCAAAAGAUAAGGAUCCAGGACAUAGGAAAUCCCAACUCAAUGUCGGAGACGCUAGAAGUUGUUCUCGAGGAGGAUCUUGCAGGAAAGUUUUUUCCCGGAGAUAAGAUACUUGUAACAGGAGUAAUUCUUGUGAGAUGGAAGCCAUUCAAGAUAGGGGAACCAAUGGCAAGCUCCAUAUACAUGCAUGCACUUGCAGUUCAUAAGCAAGACGAUGAAUCUAUGGGAGACCCACUUGGAAGAGCAUUUAUAAGCAGAUUGGAUGGGCUUGAAUGCUUCCAAAGAAGACUGUUUCUUAUUAAUUCAUUUGGAGAGGAGAUACAAGGACUCGAGAAUGUCAAGCUUGGACUUCUGCUGGCUCUUGUAAGCGGAUUCCAUGAAGAGCAAAAGGGAUGUACAAGGUCAAAUUCCCAUGUACUCUUGGUUGGAGAUUCUGGGACGGGAAAAUCCCAUCUCCUCAAGACAUGCACUAAGCUUCUGUCCCCAGCAGUUCUGACCAAUGGAGUAGGAACCUCGCAAGCUGGGCUCACGGCAUGUGCAGUGAGGCAAGGAAAAGAGUGGGUUCUGGAAGCAGGGGCUCUAGUACUUGCAGAUACAGGGAUUUGCUGUAUAGAUGAGUUUAACAAACUUAAGGUUAAUGAAAAAAACGGACUUCUGGAAGCAAUGGAGCAGCAAACACUCAGCAUAGCAAAGGCAGGGAUUGUUUCUUCAUUGAAUACCAGAUGUUCUGUCAUUGCAGUGGUGAACACGAGACAUAAAUACAACUUUGACAAAAGUGUCUCGGAAAACACCAUGAUUGCAACCCCCUUAGCCAGCAGGUUUGAUCUUAUUUUUGGAUUAUUUGAUGGGAAUAGCCACAGUAAUGACUUGAUGAUUGUAGAUAAGAUCCUUGGUAGAAAUCCUGAGAAGAGACUUUCCGAGAAGAAACAAGAAACAAAGUACUGGGGCAGUGGGAUUUUAAAGAGCUACAUAGGAACUGUAAGAAAAAAAAGUACAGUCAUUCCCGACAGCCUUAACUCUGUUCUGAUGAGCUACUACCACUAUAAAAGAAAAGCCGAGGGAGCUAAUGAAUUCAACACCGUUAGAAUGCUAGAGAGCCUUGCAAGGCUUACAGAAGCACAUUCCAAGCUGCUGAAUUCCGGAAAACCAUCGGAAAAUGAUGUGUAUGGGGCAAUCCUACUUCUAGAAACAACACUAGGCACAAAACCCCUUGUGGAAUUUGAUCCCUGUAGAGUAUUUGUUGACGAAGCCUACCAUAACAAAGUGAUUUCCGAUUUGAAGGCAAAGGUUGGACUGGUUGAAUAUGAAAAAUAA